AUGGCUUCACAAGAGGAAAAGCAAGUUCAGCCCUUUGCAGACAUCUUCAAUGAAGACGAAGCUGAAAAAUCCUUUCUGUUGUCCAAGCCCACUUGCUUAAUAAUCCUUGGAAAGCCAGGUUCUGGAAAGAAAACAUUAGCUAGAAAACUAGCACAAAUAUGGAAAUGCAUUUUUGUAGAAGCUUUGGAAGUGAUUCAGACGAAUAUUCAUGAAGAAACAGAAUAUGGGCUUAAGUGUCAAGAAUUGCUUUUUAAAGGUCAAAGUAUUUCUGAAGAACUGGUUACGGAAAUGAUUCUGAAAAAGAUUGAGUCACCAGAAGUUGCUCAUUUUGGUUAUGUUCUCAGUGGAUUUCCUUCUCUCUCAGAGGAAUACAUGACUGUUUCACAGCAAAUAGAAAAAAUAAAGAAUCUAAAAUUAAAACCAGAUUUCCUGAUUAACAUUAAGUGUUCAGAUUAUGACUUAUGCCAAAGAAUAUCAGGACAAAGGCAACAUCCUGAUUCAGGGAAGGUAUAUCAGAGGAACCAGUGGGAUCCUAACGUUAUUGAAAAGCACAAGAAAGAGAAAG